GCAGGGGUUGGCAGGGCUCCGGGCUUUGGCGCUUGGGCUCGGUGGGACCGCGGCGGGCAGAGGUGGAUGCGUUGGCAUCCGUCGUCCCCGGCGGCGAAGAGGGAGUGGCUAGAGGGCUGGGCCAGGCCGGGCGGUGGACGCGUCCCGCAGCGGUGGCAUCGCCGCUCUCCUGGGUGGUGGUUGCGGUCGUUUGGGCCCGAAGCAGCUGGGGCAGGUUCGGAAUUUAAGACGGCGGUGCGGGAGGCAGCGCGGGAGGCUGCGGCAUGCGGGACGGGAGGACGGCUGAGGCGUUUCCUGGGGGAGACGGAGGGAUGGCGACGGGGUCCGCGCUUCCCGCCCGGUCAACUGGCCUAGGCCGCAUCACUCUGGCGGCCCGUCAGCGCCGGGGACUUGCAGGGUGGCUGCCGGCCCAGCUGCCUGUGUGGCUGUGUUUACGCGCGGAGACGUCCCAGGCCGAACUCCGGGAGGCUUCUGCGGUCCUCUUUGGAUGGCCCACCUGGCGCUGCACCAUGUCAGUGCCUCACGGGACUCUGUCCCGGAGAGCAGCCAGGGGCCUGAUCCUGCUAGGGCCAAUCUGUCUGGCUACUCUUGUUCUGGACCCUCUCUUCCUUCGAAGGGGCGGCAGCGGCCUCUAGCCUCCCUCCUGACAGGGUCUUGUAAGCCAUGUGCUUCCCUACACGUAUUACCUGUUUCAGCUGUUCAUAGCUGAAGGAAAAUGAUGGAAGAGAGUGGAAUAGAGACAACUCCACCUGGCACGCCACCACCAAGCACAGCAGGGGCUGCUGCUGCUGCACCUGUCUCAUUAGCUUUGUCCAGUCCCCUUACUGUACCAACUGUGUCACUGUCUCCUGCAUACUCACCACCCUUGCCGUCUGGAGUGACUCCAGUUACUCCUUCUAUGAUGACUUCAGCUUCUCUUCCACUUGGGCCUUCUGCAACGGUUUCUACUAUUGCACCACCUCUAACCCCUGCCCCACCUCCUGGUGCCCCUUCAGCUAUGAGUACAUCUGUGUCCCCCUUCUCUACACCUCCUCCAUUAACCUUUACUGCUGGCGCUGGUCUUCCUGCACCUCCCACUGGUCCCCCUGUUUCAGGAUUUUCCAUGUCUUCAAACUAUGACAUUACCAGAGGUCAUGCUGGUCGAGCACCACAGAGCCCUCUGAUGCCUUUAGUGACUACGCCUCCAGUUGCAGGUGUUUUGGCAGAUCCUAUUACUCAACAAGCAACUUUCUCAUCACCUUUGGCUGCUGGAACUGGUUCUGCAAUCACUUUUCCUGAAGAGUCUGAAGACCCCAGACUAUCUACUGCCCAAGGUGGAGCACCUGCUGGAGGUCUGUGGGGCUUUAUAAAGGGUGUAGCUGAAAAUCCCAUGGUAAAAUCUGUUCUUGAUAAAACCAAACAUUCAGUGGAGACCAUGAUCACAACGCUGGAUCCUGGCAUGGUUCCAUAUAUCAAAACUGGGGGAGAACUGGACAUAGUGGUUACUUCUAAUAAAGAAGUAAAAGUCGCAGCAAUUCGAGAUGCCUUUCAAGAAGUCUUUGGAAUGGCUGUUGUUACUGGAGAGGCUGCACAGUCUAAUAUCGCGCCCCAACCUGUGGGCUAUGCUGCAGGUUUAAAAGGAGCCCAAGAAAGGAUAGACAGCUUGCGUCGGACGGGAGUAAUACAUGAAAAACAGCCUGCUGUAUCAGUAGAAAACUUCAUUGAGGAGUUACUUCCUGACAAGUGGUUUGACAUUGGAUGCCUGAUUAUAGAGGAUCCAAUUCAUGGAAUUCAUCUGGAAGCUUUUACCCAAGCAACACCGGUACCUUUGCAGUAUGUUCAGCAGGCUAAGAGUCUAACUCCUCAGGACUACAAUCUGAGAUGGUCAGGCCUGUUGGUGACAGUGGGUGAAGUGCUUGAGAAGAGUCUGCUGAACGUCAACAGGACUGAUUGGCACAUGGUAUUCACUGGCAUGUCCCGUCGACAAAUGAUCUACAGUGCAGCGAAGGCUCUAGCAGGAAUGUAUAAACAGCACUUACCACCCAGGACCGUUUAACAGAAGGCUGGUCCAUGACACUAAGGAGUAUUGGGGUUUAAUUCUAGAAUUGAAGUGAAAACUACAUAUUCUAAUUCUCAGUGGAUACAACACAUUUGUAAUCUCAUUGUAAACUAUAUUUUACUUUUUAAGAAGUGAAGGUAAUUUCCAAUAGUGGAAAUGAGCAAUUCCAGUUUUUAACUACUGUGUUAUUUCCAGUAAAAUUCAUAAAACAGGAAAUCAGAACAAUCAUAUUUAUAACUGGAAACAAUAGCAUUGCAGUUUGUAAAAUGGAAUGUGCUAUUAUUUGACACCUUACUAGGCAUUUGCAAAGAUAAUUUAGUUAGUAUACCUUUUUAAAGGAGUUCAUUGUUUAGUUAUUUCUAUUAUAUUAGUAAUAAAAAUGUGUUGACAGCGUAACAGGUAUGUUAUAUAUGCAUUUCAAUCCAGAGAGACUGCCUUCUCUUUGGAUGUUUUCUUGUGGCCUGUGCUUAGGUGGUAACACCUCAUAGGUUUGGUGUCUGUGCAGAAGUUGUGAGGAGUGACACUGAGUUGCUUUCACAACAUGUAGCAGUGAGAUACUGAAGAAGAGCACAAAUCUAUGCCCCUUCAAGUUGAAGCGAAAUAAUUCUGAAAUUUCAUUUUCCACACUGCAUCUUUCCUGGUUUCAUGUAACAGCAGUGAAAUUGAUGUCCAGUUAAAACACUACACAAAUGUCAAGUUUUAAAUCAGGUACAAACAUACACAUGAAAUUAUCUCAGCAGUUUCAGCAAUGUAAUACUCCAGUGCUUCCAAACCUCCUAUUUUUUUCUAUGGAAUUAGGUAAUUUCUUCUAUCCAGAUAUGACUGUCAUCAAUUUAAUGUGGAAAAUGGCAAGAUGUGUAUCAUUUGCAGUGUUAUACUGGGUUUUUAAAGAUUUUUAAGUCUCACAUGCCUUCUUGAUUUCAUGAGCUCACUGUUUCUCGUGUAAGUCUUCAGCAGUGUCUGAUUUUUUUCAUGGUUAUAAAUGCCCUGCCUAUCCAUGCUUACACAAUCUUUAAUCUUUAUUUAGAAAUAUAAAAGUAAUUGUGAAAGAAAUAUUUUGAUAAUAAUACUCUUUUUAAGAAAUGGAGAAUAAACAAAUACUUUUUGUUUGCCUUAAAGAACCAGUUUUUCAGCUUAUAUUGCUCUGCUUUUACCUUUCUUAGAUACUUUCAAAGGACAUUUUUGUAUACAAUGUACUGUUAAGCCAGCUCAUAUUUGUACCUGGUGAAAACUUGUUUAUUU